AUGCGCAACAUAUAUCUUUGGAUCGCUACAGCAGCACUAAAUAUGUUAGGCAUUUUAACAAUCAAAUUGAGGAAUGAUAUGUAUUUUGAGGAACCUACCCUCGAAAAUAAACGCGUGGUAAGUGGUUUUAGAAAAGAGAGCAUGGCUUUUUCUCUAACAUAUUGCUCCGCUGUCUGCCUUCGAUACGACUUUUGCGAAUGUUUUGGGUUUAAUCCCACGAUCCAGGCAUGCCGUAUUCAUGCUUCUUGUAGGCGAAAUAGCACAUUUGUCAACAAUGCUGGUUGGAAAUACUACAAACGAGCAUGGACUAGAUUCCAGCGCUCCGAAUAUUUAAUUGGGCGCACCCAAUACAAAUGGUAUGAUGCUUUGUUGGAUUGUAAGAGGAGAAGUGCUAAAUUAGUUGAAAUUGAAUCUGAUGCAGAAGACGAUUUCAUUAACUCCCUUGCUAAAGUGGAGUUGCCAGGAGAAAGUGUAUGGUUCGGCGGAAAUGAUCUGGUAACAGAGGGAACCUGGGUGUGGGCGUCAACCGAUGAAUUGUUUACAUACAGUGCUUGGGCCACAGCAGAUGGACAGCCAGACGAUCUUAAUGACGAGAACUGCCUUCAUAUUUACCCAACCUUUAACUUAAAAUGGGUGGAUGGUCAGUGUGAUGAUGAACAUUUUUACAUUUGCGAAAGGGAAGUUGCUUAA